GUGGCGGCCCGCUUCGGGCCAGGCGGCAGCUGCCAUUAAUAGAACCAACGGGUAACCCCUCCCCCCUCCAUCCCCGCCCCCAGCAGCGCCUGGAUUCAGGAGUUUACACUAUGGAGAGAGCGGGUGUCAGGGGACCCAAAGAAGGUGCCUGCCAUCAGAGACCUCCGAUCUCGCGGCCGUACCCAGAGGACGCAGGGCCGCCGCGGUGGGAAAAGGCGGGAAGGCGAAGCUUGAGGAGAAGGGGGCGGAGCCACCCCUUCGACUCCGCCCGGCCCUUCACAUCCUCCCGUACCCCAGUGCGCAUGCCUCUGCUACUCUUUUCUCCGCCUGAAAGUCAAUGCGCAUGCCUCACCCGUUCUCUUUCCCUUCCCUCCUGAAUAUCAAUGCGCAUGCCCUACCUGCUCUAUUUCCCCCUCCUCCUAGCUGAAUGAACUUCACUGCGCAUGCCCUUUAAUUCUCCCACGCCUCUUCCGACCCCCAAGCGCAUGCUCCACAUACUCCUCUCCUUCCUAACCCUGGCUCCCGGCAGAGUUGGAGGGCACCGCCUACUCUUCUCCCGCCGGCGCCAGCCCAGACUCUCCCUGCCUCCUUCCCGCGCCUCGGCCCUGCCCCCUUCCUAGCCCCGCCCCCGGUUAACUCCAAUGUGUUUCUGGCUAUAGCUAGUUUUUUCCCAGUUGUUUUCCGUUUGUCUCCACCUUUAGACUGCGAGCUCCUCGAGGGGAGGGCCUGUCUUUUGCUUUUCUCUGUGUCCCGUGCGUUUAGCUCUGGGCCUGGCCCACAUCAGGUGCUGAAAGAAUGUCUAUUGAUCGACUGCUAGGCCCCGUUCUAAGCGCUGGAAAUACCAAGAAAGGCCAAAGACUGCCUUUGCCCUAAAGAGCUCACAGUCCAAAGGGGAAAGACAGCUUUUAAAUUGAUUACAAAGCAACUUACAAACGGAAAUAAUGGGAGAUAAUUAACCGAGGGAAAGCUUCCUACAGAAGGUGGCAUUUAGCCUGGGAAGCCAAUCAAGCAAGGGCCAGAAAAAGGGGCAGAAGUGUCUCUCCCCUCUCAGGAGCUUACAGUCUAAAGGGGGAGACAUCGCGCAAAUAUGUAUGCAAAAGCAGGCUAUAUACAGAAUUAAGAGAUCAUCAACCGAGGGAAGGCACUGGAAUUACGAGGGAUUGUGGAUGAGAGCGAGCUUUCCACGCGUGAGGGACAGCCAGAUGAUGGAGUGUCUUGUUAUUGGAACAACCAGGGAAGCGCUGUCACCAGAGCCAAGAGGAUGUGUUGGGGAGGCAGGAAGCGGAGAUGAACAGGGACAGAAUUCCAAAUAUGAUAGACAACCAGUGAAAAUGCCUGGAGUAUGAACAUGGAAUGCCUUGCUGGAGGAAAAGCCAGGAGGCUGCUGUCCCCAGGUCGAAAAGGACCCGAAGGCAGCAAGGUGUGAGAUUGCUGCGGGGGCACAGGCUCUGGAGGCCUUUGAAGCCCAAACUGAGGGUGUUGGAGUCCAUCGCGGGGGUGAUAGGGAGCUCCAGUGGAGUUGAUUGAGCGGUGGAGUGGCGCAGUCAGCCGUACCCUUUGGCAAGGGGAGUGGAGGAUGGCGGGAGAUGGUCCAGGUAGGAGAUGAAACAGUCGCCCCCUCCCCCUACUGGCCAGCCCCUCCCCCGGGCUCGUGCAGCCGUUAGGACCCUUCCUUCCCUCUCUCGGCCACCGCCUGCCACUGCGUGUGCCCGUCUCCGGUCGGGCCCUGGAAGCCUCAGGGGAGCCUGGGGGAUGCCAGGGCCCGCACUGCGCCUCCUCCUUCUGGUCCUGAAUUUGGCCGCGGCAGCGCCGACUUCGAAACUUCAUCGGGAGGAGCCCAAGCCUGAGUCAGUGGCCGCAUCAGGUCAGCUAAAAAAGGAUCAAAUCAAAUCAGUGAUGACCAAGAAAACUUCUUCUGGACAGCUUCUGCUUGAGUCCUCCGAACAGACAAGCUUUCAGAAAGAUCAUCUAACCUAUAAAUGCCUUUGGAAGAAAGAAGAGUUUGUGGUUCUUAAAAAUGGAAGGGAACUCGAAUUUGAAAUGAGGACAAGUACCUACAAGAACAAAAAACUCCUUUUUCAAAAUAUCAUCUUAAAAAUGCCUCUUUCUCAAGGAAAACAAGCAAACAAUGGAGUCAGAAAAGCAGUCCUGGCUCAAAGAUGUUUGGGAAGUAAAAAAGUAAGCUCAGCUUUAACAAAAACAAGGGUGUUAGCUUUGGCAAGAAAAGGAAAAAGUAUAAAGAAACAAAACAAUCCAAAAACUGAACUACAAAAGCAAUUGGAAAAUGCUCAAAAUCAGAAAAUAGGGGUGUCAACAGAAAUCCCCCUCCAGUUUGCCACAGCAGACUUUGACUUGUUGGCCAGAAGAUGGUGGUGGCCAAAAGGAGCAUUUUUAAAAGCAUCCCCAAAUCUUUUCACAUCAAGAAACAAUCAGGAGAACCAAGGAAAUAGAGAGAAUAAUCCCAAGCCACUAAAGACAUAUGCCCUCCACCCUUUAGAAGCAACAAAAGCGGUACAACAGAGUAUCAGAACGUGGAAACUGUAUAAGCUGAAUGUUGUCUCUAAAGAGCCUUGUAAAUCAGUGAAUUCAAAAAGAGCCCUAGGAGUAGAUGAAGAAGAGCCAAAGAAAGAUGAGAUUAUGCUGACAAUCCUUUGUAGAAAGCUAUUGUCUUUAAACAUUUCAGCAAAUGGUAGCAGUACUUGGAAGGUACAAUCAAGAAAAAUAUUUUUUGGACAUUAUGCAAAAAUAGGUAGAAAGGGUCUUCUGAUCUUGCUAACUUCCAUGAAAACAAGAUCAAUGGUAAUCCGAAAGACCCAAAGAGUUGGAAACAGAGUCAUUUUGUCUGUCACAAAAUGUGUUCACAUUAGUAAUGGCAGGUCUAGAGAACCUUGCAGGAAACAGAAUAGCACAGAUUUAGGAGAUAUCAGUCAAAUUCUUUCAAGAAAUGGAGGUCAAGAAGCUAAGUCAUCAACUUCAGAAAUUAUUCAAGAAAAACUAAAAUUCUUAUCGGCUUUUAAAGCAACAUCAAAAGACAAAGAAUGCAGGAUAAAAAUUUGGUCUGUCUAUGUAAGGCUACCUUUAAAACUUCAUGAACAAAAUGCAAAUACAUUUCAAAGAAAAACUGACAGGCUGGUGUACCAAGAUGGAAGUCAGGGAGACCCAAGAAUUCUUAAUAGAAAACCAGACGUGGUCCCAAGAGCCCCUUACUUGGAUAAUGAGGGGAAGACAUCUCAAUGGAUAAGGUUGGAAGAAAGUAGAGGAAAAAAUUCAUGGAACAGGGCACAACUUCCCUUCAUCGGCUUGCUCUGUAGUCAGCUUUACACUUUUAUUAUCAGAUCACACUCUAAUAUUAUAGUUAUGUCACAAAGGAAAUUGACUGCAUUUAUCAAGACAUUGAUGGCACAACUGCCUGGGAAAAGCCAACCAGCUUUUGCCAAGCUGACUGGAAUGUUGACAGUUCUUAAAGUUACUCUGUCUCCUAAAUCUUCUUUUCAUUUGGAAUCACAAGAGGCCAACUCUAUGUUCCCCAAUGUUCUCUCAGAGGAUUUAAGAUUAAGAAGCAAAAAAUCCAUUGAACCUGAUAAACAUAAUGUGACUGUGACCAACCAUUACCGGAAACUCCUUCAUGACAGUGACCAUUUGCCAUCUGACUUACUGUAUUUCCCUGGAUUUGCUCCUUCAAGAGAGCUAAAUAAGAGACAGAAACGUGAAGCUAAAGGGGGGGCUGAGAUGGUCGCAGUUCCUGUAGGCUUUUUGAACCGUCUUGCAUCCCUUCUUGGAUUUGGGGUCGGUAUUGUUACAGUGGCCUUCAUUUUUCUGUCAGUAGUGCUCUGCAUCCUAUUUUACAAAUGGAGGGAAACAUUUAAGAUUUGCAGAGAUUCACAAAUUGAAACAAAAAGUCACAAGUCAUCCAUCACAUUGGAGCCAAAUGUCCAUGGUAUUUCUCUGUCUCGAUGUUUUCAUACUAGUGGAAUACAGUUCUCAGGUGAUAAAGAAUUCAAACUCCAACCAGUUCUUCAGGAUCGUGGGGAAUUGAGCUUUGUGGUGACAUCCAUAACUUCAGAGACCAGCUCCAGUUGUGAGAACACGGAUAUAAGCCCGACUUCCUUAUCAUCAUCAGACUCUUUUGCUAGCAAAAGCAUAGAAGCUUCUGGGGAAUGGUUUUCUGAUGAAGAAGGCUUCCUUUACUCCUCCUCCUUAAAAGGCCUUAUGGACAGAGUGAAGGUAUACCUUGAGACCAUAGGUGAUGACCAAAACCCUGAAAAAUUCCAGUGUGAUGUGAUAAUCAGUGAGAAUCAAAAUCAACUCCACUUGGAUAAAAAAGAUCAAAAGGAAAUGCAGAUGCCUAACCUAGUCCCUAACCUCUUCGAAGCUUCUUUGAAUAUCCCACAUCCACCAGAAUCAGCACCUCAAAACUCAAAAGUUUCUUUUGAUUUCCAAGGUCCACCAAAAACAUGGGAUGGCCCCUCUCAACUUUCUUCUGGUUUCUCUUGCCAAUCAAAAUCAUGCUUUAAUGCUAAAAAAGCUUCUUCUGGCCUCUCCUAUCCACCAGAAUCAAGAGCUAAUGCCUCAGAAGCUUCCUCUGACCACUUGCAUCUACCAUAAUCACGCAAAACAUAAAUGGAUAUUCCCAUUUCUAAGACUAAGUAGGUCUAGACCAAUUAAGAGCUCCUUGUCGUCUGCGGCUCAAAAUGAACCCUCUGAAAAGAAUUAAACAGAGCCUCCUUACCCUGGCCUAUAAGUCUAAGACAAGAUCAUACAACCUAGAACCAUGCCUCCAAUGUACAGGAUAAGCAUACCAGCACAGAUUUAGCUUAUUUGUGAAUAAACUAUAUUUAACUACCAGAA